UGUUUACUCAUAAACAAUUGGCGUUUACUCGCGAAGAGGAAUUGCGAAGACGCUCAGUGCUCAGUUCGGUAAAUCAGCCAACUGCAUACGGUUCGAAGUUUAUAUUGCCGUCCCGAUAACGAUUCAAUGAUAAGAUAUGAAAAGUCCGUUCUAAGGAAAGAUACAAACAUUACACAAGACGCCCUGAAAUUGGUCAUUGCAAAUCGAAAUCAAUCCGUAAACAACCAUGAUCAACGGACUAACUCUAGUAUUUCUGAUUUUAAGUGGCAUUAUUUCAAAAGGGUGUGCCGUUCGAAUAUGUUGCUCUCCCAAUUCAAUAUUGUUCAAAUACCGCGACGCGACUAACUCUGAUAUUUACCAGUGUGCUUCCAAUGGAACCCUGAACCUUAAAGAAUUUCCGGUUCCGAUUGAAGUGAUAGGCGAAAUGAUAGCACCACAAGGCCUGGGAUUAGAGGGACCGGAACCGCCCCAUAAUGACUCAGAUAACCUCUUAUACGAGCUACCAAAGUGCAAAAGUGCUACUAUUCUAAACGUAACUGAGCAAAGUGAAAAUUCGUUGUAUCUCAGAAACGAUUCCUGCGUUGGGCAAUUAGACAAGCGAAAGCUCAUAGUUUUGUCUUGUGAUUUCAAAAAGAAUGUGUUGUCUCAAAGUGUUAAAUAUGUAAACAAGUGCUGCCCACUGGGCUCUAUUUACGUUUCCGAAAAUAAUACGUGCAUCGUGCUAGGCGAACCCGAUUUCUUUGUUUACUCUUCCAUCAUCAACAAUCCAAUUAUAUUUUUUGAUAACUAUUCCCUGCAAUGUUCGGAUAAUCAGGCCUUUGUGGAAUAUACCGUUUCUGCAAAAAUAGUGCAAUUCAGUGAAAGUUCGUUGGUUUGGAAGGAUGGAUCGAACAGCUUGCCAUUCUCAAAAUUCUGUAUAGAUGCCAUUUAUGAUGGCUAUGAAAUUCCAUCAAAAGAAAGGUACUCUUCGCACCAAAAGUACCUGGUUCAAGCGUGUCAAGAUAGAAAGAUUUGUCAAAGAUUACCGUGCAUCCGACGGUGCUGUGGUGAAGGCGAAAUGUAUGCCAAGGGCAAUUCAAGUACUUAUUGUAAGAGCGACGAGACUGAUAUUGAAUUUCAGGGAUUUCAAAACCUCAAUAUAAACGCAAACUUCUCAAAGCCGGCAGAAUUUGGCAUACUUCAUAGAUUGCAGUGCCAAAAAUUUCGAUUGGAUCCAGAUAACUUUCCAGACGAUGCACACACAAUAAACUCCUCCGAUGGCUCACUUAUUAUUCAAAAUACUCGAAAACGCUAUACAAAUACUCAGUAUUGUUUGGAACGAGUUCGACCAAAUCAAAAGCUGUACACAUUCCUCUGUUUCGACACAAAGGUAGUUGGAAAUGAUCACCUUCGUUUUCGAAUGUAUCCUAUUGGUCUUCUCAUUUCCUGUUGCUUCUACGCCAUGACCUUGAUUGUUUACAUAUCGAUUGCGAAAUUACGUAAUCUGCCUGGCAAAAUCCUUAUUUGCCUUGUAAUCAGUCUGUUUUUGGCAUAUAUGGGUAUAGCGCUGGGCCAAUUAAAGCCCACAUCCAAUGAUGACGUUUGCUUCUUUUCUGGAUUCUUUGUAUAUUUUUGCUUGAUGGCGGCAUUUUCCUGGAUGAAUAUAACUUCUUUUGACAUAUGGAAAACAUUCGGAUCAACGAAAGUAAAAAGCUGUGAAAAAAGCGACCAACGAAGGCAAUUUAUUUGGUACUCCUGCUAUGGCUGGGGACUCCCCACCUUGUUAACCGCCAUUACAGUGGCAUUUACAAAGUCCAAUGUUCUACCCGACAUUGUUCGUCCGAAUUUUGGCCACGGUCGCUGCUGGUUUACAUAUGAUUCUUUUGGGUCAGCCAGUUUGCUAUUUUUUUCAGGCCCCGUUGGAAUACUUUUCAUUUUCAACCUAAUACUUUUCGUGCUCACAAUGAAGUAUUGCAAUAAGGUGAAAAACGAAAUCUACAAGAUGCAGAGCUUAAACAGCGAUAAGCCAGUGCUGAAGAGGCGCUUCUUUCAAGAUAAAACCCGAUUUGUAAUGAAUACAAAAUUGUGCUUUGUUAUGGGAAUCACAUGGCUUUUGGAAAUAGUUAGCAUUAUAUUUUAUGAUCACAAGAAAACCUUCUUUUGGACCAUAAGCGAUUCGUUUAAUGUUCUCCUGGGCAUAUUUGUGUUUUUCAUUUUUGUUUUUAAGCGACGAAUUUGGAACGAAAUCUUAAUGAAAAUAGGCCUUCAAGCGGACACUAACGUCACGUCGAAUAGAAAUCGCGUGGGCUUGACCAAAUCCUAUGCACCAAGCAGUACAGCGAUGACCACGCUAAGGUCGUCGCCCGGCAGUUGUGAGCUGGCGCGAAAAACCUCAACACCAAAGCAAGCGGAACAUGAAAUUAUGCUUUAGAUGCUUUAAUUAUGUUUUAUCAUUACCUAUUUAUAAUUUGUAAAGCUUUAUGAGAACUAGUCCCCGCACUUCGAAACCUAAUAGUACUU